CGUAACGUUCGUUGUUCGAAAGGUUCAUAACCUCAAAAAGUAGAUCAAAAAUAAGAAAAAUAUGGAAAUAAAUCUUGAAAAUCUCUUGAAAAGAUAGAAAGGUAUUAAAUAAAGAGUGUUUGUAGCGAAAUAAUUAUAUUUUCCAAAGUGCAAUUGUGUAGUACACAAGAAAAGGAAAAAUCAAACGGAAUUUUGAGGUUAGGAAAUUUUUGAACAAAAAUGGCGGGAAAUGACCAAACUACGUAAAUAAGAAACGAGCAAAAAUAUUUUGUUUACUUAUUUUGUUUACUAUUAUUUAUUGUUAUGAUUCACACAGUAUGAAGGAAUUAUCAGAAAGAAUUUUCAGAAUUAUAAUAAAUACAGGAGAAUGGAAAAAUUUCAACAAGAAUUCAAAUAAGGAAAAAAUGUUAUUGGUACGAAAAAUUAGGAAAAAAUAGCAUUGAGUAAAAAUAAAGAGAGAAAGAGAUAGAGAGAGAGUCAAAAAUUAAUGAAAACUGGAUGAGAGAAUUAUUUUGAAAGUGUAUAGGGUAUUUCAAGCGCCGAAAAUAUACUCAAUGAUCAGUUGGUCUCAACUAACGUGAAGAAUCGAGACUAGUACAUUCUAGAUUCAAAGUUUGGCACGCAUAGAGGAUUUUUAUUUUUGAUAACACCAAAUGUAAUAAAAGAUUCUUGGGUCAGUUAAUUUCAAAUAGUACAUCACAAGAUUUGGAACAAUCAACGGGAUUUAAAAAGAAAAAUAGUUUUCGAGAAACGUGCAACUAGAAAACAUUUCUAAUCAUGUCCGAAUUGUCCAAUAAUGGCGCUGAAAUUCCGGAAAAUUACGAAAUUCGCGAAAACGAACAAGUGGGAAGAUAUUUGGUGGCGGCAAAAGACCUGGAGGAGGGCGAUUCAAUUCUCGUGGAAGAGCCAUUUGUCGUUGGACCAAAAGCCUUCACGUAUCCUCUGUGUUUGUCAUGUUAUUCGGCGUGGCCCCGUCUUCCUCAGACCCAUACACUUUGCAGUCGAUGUAAAUGGCCCGUUUGCGGUGAUGAAUGCGAAAAUCAUCCUCACCAUAAGGAUUAUGAAUGUCAAGUAUUUGUUGAAGCACGUGAAAAAUUUAAUACAGCAAUUGCUCUCAAUGAAGAAUUACAAACUGGUGUUCCACAAUUGGAAUGCAUAACACCAUUGCGAUUGCUUCUUGCUUCGGAAAAGAAUCCCGAACGAUGGGAGAAGCAAGUGAAAAAAAUGGAGGCACACAAUAAAAAACGUCAUGGAAAUUGUCAAUGGAAAGCGGAUCAAGUCAAUAUUGUCGACUAUAUAAGAAAUCGAUUGAAAUUAACCAAAUUUUCAGAAGAGGCAAUACAAACGGUCUGUGGAAUUUUGCAAAUUAACACUCACGAAGUACGAACAUCGAAGGGAUAUCCAGCGAGGGCUCUUUAUCCUCAAUUUUCACUCAUGAAUCAUUCUUGUGUUUCAAAUACAAGUCACGGUGUUUCGCCCACCGAUUAUAAGGUCUAUUUGAGGACAACAGUAAAAGUGACAAAAGGAAGUGAAUUAUAUGGAAGUUAUACUCAUUCUCUAUUGCCAACAAUGUUAAGAAGAGAACAACUUCAUGAGGGAAAACAUUUUUCUUGCGCCUGCAACAGAUGUUCCGAUCCAACAGAAUUAGGAACGCACAUGUCAUCUUUAAAAUGCAGCAAAUGCGAUAAUGGAAUCGUCGUUCCUUUGGAUUCUCUCGAUUCGGAGAGUUCGUGGAAAUGUACACACUGCGAAUUUAUAACGACCGGAGCGGCAGUUUUGAAAGUCUUCCGAAUAAUGCAAUCGGAGGUGGAGGCUGCGGAGAUGCUUGGUGGACCGGAUGGACCAGAAUCAAUUCAACAGCGAGAGACGGUGAUAAAAAAAUAUCAUUCCGUCCUCCAUCCUCAUCACGCUUUUCUAACCAUGCUAAGAUAUUCAUUGGUUCAGAUGUACGGCCGGGUCGAUGAAUAUCUUCUCACAGAUUUACCGGACGUUGUACUUGAGCAUAAAGCUGAAAUGUGUCGAUUAUUACUCCAAGUGUUGGAUGUAGUUGAACCUGGUUGUUCAAGAGCAAGAGGAAUGGUUUUAUAUGAAUUACACGCACCGCUCUUAAUUUUGGCGAGGGGACAAUGGCAAGCUGGUGUAAUUGAUACGAAUAUUUUAAAAUCAAAAACAACAGAAGCGGCAAAUAUUUUGAAGGAAUCGAUAAGAAUUUUAUGUAUGGAACCAUCGGACACGCCUGAGGGACAAUUGGGAGAGGAAUCUAAACCAUCAUUGGCCGAAUUAGAAAAGUCCAUUAGUGAAUUAAGUAAAAAUAAUAAUAAUUUGAAAUAUAAAAUUAAUCAUUCGGAAAAUUUGGGAAGAUAUUUGGUGGCUGAAAAAAAUAUCUCAGCGGGUGAAGUGAUAAUAAGAGAAGAUCCCGUUGCUGUUGGACCUGCAAAUUUUAAUAAAUCAUCUUUGUGUUUUUCUUGUCUUCGUCCUCUUUCGUCUUCAAGCAAAAAAUCUCACUACAUUUGCUCAAAAUGUAACGUCGCUCCCCUCUGCAAUCGCUUCUGCGAGGAUUCCCAAGGUCAUCACAAAAAAGAAGAAUGCAAUUUGCUAAAAAGCAAUAAAGAAUUUCAUUCCGAGAAUAUUCAGCAAAUUACUGAAAUUUUGAUGCAUUUUCGAGUGUGGCUGGUGAAAAUGGAAAAUUCAAAUCAGUGGGAACAAGUGAACGAGAUGGAGGAUCAUUCAGCUAAAAGAAGAAAUACGAAAAUUUGGAAAGAAAGAGAAGAGACUGUUGUCAAUAUUUUUCGCAAAAUGAAAUUAAUUUCAGAGAAUGACGAGAAUAUGGGAGAGCUUGUACAAAAAAUAUGUGGUAUUUUGGACGUGAAUUCAUUUGAAUUGAGAUCUCCAGGAGGUAUGGGCGAAUCUCCCCUACGUGGACUUUAUUUAAAAACAUCUCUCAUUGCUCACGAUUGUCGAGGAAAUACACACAUCACUGUUGAUGAUAAAUUUCAACUAACCGUUUUCUCAAGUCUUCCAAUUCAACAAGGGGAAACUAUUUAUUUCAACUACACUUCUUCUCUAUUCGGUUCAGCAGAAAGAAGAGAACAUUUACGAGAAGGAAAAUAUUUCGAAUGUAAAUGUCCCACUUGUCUUGAUCCAUACGAAGGUGGUUCUCAUCUGAGUUCAAUAAUUUGUCCAAGAUGCCGAAGAGGUUUUGUGGCAAUAAAAAAUCCUUUGAUUAAUAAUCCCUACGAUAAGGGAACCAAUUGGGAGUGUGGAUCAUGUAAAAGAAACUAUUUUGGAUGUCUAAUUAAAUCAACGAUAGAAAUAUCAAAAGCAUUAAUCAACGAAGUCGAAGUUGAUGACUUGAAGAAAAUGGAAAAUUUACUAAGGACCCUAUCAUCCACUUUUCAUACGAAUCAUUUUUUGAUUUUAAAUCUCAAGCAAAAAUUAUUGACCAUUUACAGACGAGAAUUAACUUCUCCUAAUCCACAGAAGAAAAUUUUGUUAAAAAUGUUUCAAAUUUGUAAGGAAAUUCACAGUGUUCUCGAAAUUGUUGAACCUGGAAUUUCAAGAGUUAAAAGUGUAAUGCUGUACGAAAUGCAUUUUCCAGUGGUAAUUUUAGCGAAUCGCGCUUAUGCGGCUAAUGAAAUUUCUUCGCAUGAUCUUCUUUUAAAAUUACAAGAAGCUGAACAACUUUUAAAAAAAUCAUUGAAAAUGUUACUCUUGGAACCGGCAACAACUCCCGAGGGAAUUCUAACUAAACGAGCACUUCAGGAAUUGAAAAUAUUAUCACAAAGUAUUGACGAUGUAAAAUCACUCUCACUGAAUGAACCAAAAGGCAGAAAUUAUAAAAAAAAGAAUAAAUGUCUUCACUUUUCCUUAUGUUCUAUACACAAGGUUUAUAUUCGCACAUACGUUGCAUAA